AUGACAAUACAAGGCCUGCACGUAACGUCCCUGAUGCCCUCCUCCUCUGAGUUCACGGCGUACAACGGUCAUUUUGGUGGCAAGCUCUUGAAGCUGUACCAAAUCACAUACCAGGAAUUCAUCCCGCGCAACCUUGCCUCUUCUGACUGGCGAACAGGACCUUACUUCCAUGGCACCGGACACUGCGGCUGUCUCGUGAAGCGGGUCGAAGAAGGUGACCCCAUCACGAUCAAAGCUCAGGAGUGGUGUGGCAACCCGCAAUGCGCUACCCAGGGUAUCCUUAACCACGGUCAUUUGCUGACUUGGAGUAGAGGCGAAGUCCCUACAGCCACUGGGUAUGCGACCAAUAAGUCUGGCAACCAUUUUCUGCUGUCGUACUUUGUGUGCAAGGCCCGGAACUUUGGAGCCGGAGGAUAUUCAUCCAAUCCUCCUCGCCAUCGUCCGGAGCCAACUAUGACCGCGUAUGCUCCGAUCCUUGCUCCAAGUUCGGCUGUCAUCGGACGUUCCGUACCGGCUACUGUAGCGGCGUGGGCGCAGCGUUGCCGCCAACUCUUUAGUACCGCCCAAAGAAUCUUUUGA